UGGCGUCGGCCACGAGGCUUUUAGCAACGGCAGAACGAAACUGCCGCUCGUCAACAACAAUCAUCGCCGCGUCUCAUUGUCCAGAAUCGUGAGAUCGGCGCGCCUGCUGCUCGAUCCACGGCGAAGAGAGAAAUUACGUGCAACGUUCGGGGAUGAAAAUAUCGGUAAUGAUGCCUUCUUGGAUUCUUUUCGGUUUAUUUUCCUUGGUUCACGGUCAGCUGGAUAUACCGUCCUUGAAUGAAAAUUCCCGCGGGAGUUUUGGCAGACGGCUUCCACCUACGGAGGGUGAGUUGCAAGACAUUUUAGCCAGAUUGGACUUCCUUGGUACCGAGAGAUGCAGCGCAAAUGUGGCUGCGCAAUGGUCCUACGAAACGGACGUGAACGAAUACACGCAGAUACAGGCGCUCGAAGCUCAGAGAAUAUACGCAGACUUUCAGAAUCAGGCUUGGUUCCUCAUUUCGAGGAUCGAUAAAAAUAAUAUCAGAGAUCCUGUGAUCAGGAGACGCCUCAGAUAUUUGUCUGUGGUUGGUCCAUCGGCUCUUCCACCGGAUCAAUUGGACAGGUACAAUCGCGUGAUCAACGAUAUGCUGGCAGUGUACAACGAGGCUACCAUUUGCGCGUACAACGAUCCCUUCCGGUGCGGGCUGCGGCUGUAUCCAGAUAUAUCGCAGAUCAUGGCGAAAAGUCGCAACUGGGACGAGUUGCAAUAUGUUUGGACGGAAUGGAGAAGACGUAGCGGCAUGAGGAUCAAGGAUCUAUAUCAACAACUUGUCACAUUGAACAAUGAGGCAGCUAAACUAAACAAUUUCACCGAUGCGUCAGAAUAUUGGAUGUUCCCUUAUGAAUCUCCAAAUCUGCAACAAGAUAUCGAUGAAGUUUGGGAAAUGAUACGUCCUCUUUACGAAGAAUUACAUGCCUAUAUUCGAAGGAAAUUAAGGGACUUGUACGGACCCGAGAAGAUCGGCUCUCAUGCUCUUCUUCCAGCUCAUAUUCUUGGCAAUAUUUGGGCUCAAUCGUGGACUAACAUUAUCGAUAUCACGAUUCCAUAUCCAGGAAAAAAUAAUCUAGAUGUGACGCAGGAAAUGCAGGCUCAAGGUUACACGCCUAUCGAGAUGUUCAGAAUCGCCGAGGAAUUUUACUUAUCUUUGAACCUGAGCGCCAUGCCACCGGAAUUCUGGGCCGGAAGUAUAAUCGUCGACCCUGGAGAUCGACCUUUGAUUUGCCAGGCUUCCGCUUGGGACUUCUGCAACCGUCUAGAUUACAGGAUCAAAAUGUGCACCAAAGUCACCAUGAAGGAUUUAAUCACGGUGCAUCACGAGAUGGCUCAUAUCGAAUAUUUUUUACGGUACAGCGGAUUAACUCGUGAAUUCAGGGAUGGCGCCAAUCCAGGAUUCCACGAAGCCGUGGGUGAAGCCGUGGCUCUCAGCGUGGCCACUCCUCGCCAUCUUCAAACUCUAAGUUUGGGUAACAAGUAUAUCGACGAGUCUACAACGGAUAUCAAUUAUCUGUUCACUCUUGCCAUGGAUAAAUUGGUGAUGUUGCCGUUCAGCAUCGUAAUGGACAGGUGGCGGUGGGACGUUUUCCGUGGUUACGUCACCAGAGAAGAUUACAAUUGUCAUUGGCACAGGCUGAUGGAGCAAUACGCCGGCAUCAAGCCCCCUGUUUUGAGAUCGGAGGACGAUUUCGAUCCUGGCGCCAAAUAUCAUAUUCCUGCGAAUAUCCCGUACAUCCGGAAUUUCGUGGCAGGGGUUCUUCAGUUCCAACUGUAUCGCGCGUUGUGUCAGGCCGCUGGACAAAGGAGCGUGGACGAUUUUAGGAGGCCUCUGCACAGGUGCGACUUUUACAGGAGCUCGGAAGCUGGAAGAAUUCUAGGAAAAAUCAUGGAGAGGGGCUCCUCGGUGCCUUGGCAGGAGACGCUUCAAGAAGCCAUCGGUGAGGACAGAUUGGACGCGACUGCCCUCAGAGAAUACUUCAGGCCCCUCGAAGAUUGGCUGAGAACGGAAAAUUUGAGGACUGGCGACGUGGUCGGAUGGUCUUACGACGGAGAUUAUUGCAAGCGCAGCAUCGAGACCGCCGGUCUCCAGGUCUAUGGAAGCGGAUUCUACAACGGAGGCGUUUCGAUCACCAGUACGAAAGCUACUUUGCCAACGAUUUUUUCCAUCCUGUUCACAAUUUUGAUACUUUGUUAAGGAAAAAAUGUAUGGAACAGUGGGUCAAGCUUCCACGAUCGAGAUCGUUUAAGGAUAUCUUUUUCUUCUCCGGAGGAUAUCCGGGCAGAAAGAACGAUCGAUACUUUUAUUACAGGAGCCAAACCAGAAACCAAACGUAACACCAAAAUUAUUAUAGGAUUCUUGUUAAAUACUGUAAAAUAUAAUAAAUAGACCACGCGAUUUUUAGGUGAAAUAUUCCUCGUUUAACGGAUAUAUUUAUAAUAAUUGAGACAAAGUAAUCGAUCAUCAGACAUAAGCAACAAAUAACUUUUUCCUGAAGAAUCAAAUUUGCCAAUUCUAUUUCUUCGAAAGAAGAAAAAAGAUUAAACGAUUUUUUCUGCAUCAAAGCUUGGAUAAAUAUUUCAGAAUCUUCCGAAGUUGUUCUCAAAACCUAAAAAAGUGCGAGAAAGAAUCAGAAUAUAAUAAUAGAGGAAUCAAACGAGGAAUAACGUCGCCCUGUUAUAAUUGUUAUUACCGUAGUAUCCAUUAUUAAUUUAACCGCGAUUCAUAACGUGGCAAUAGUACGCGUGCAAUUAAGCUGAUGUGCGAGCAUAAAUCGUUUCAGCGUGUCGAAAGGGUCGCUCUCGUGUCGCAUACGUUGAAAAGCGACACGACCUCUCCGUUUAAUAAAGGCAAAGAGAUUUACAUCCUUCGUCGUUAAAACGGUCCCACUAUGCCUUCGAGACAGAUACGAGUUGAUGCUAUUUUUAGCUCUGAAAGCUCGAGCUUCACUCGACGUGCACACGUUUCGUUGUAAAUACGUAAAUCGUUUAUUAAUCGGACGAGAUGUCGAACACAAUGGAAUAUAUAUUCGAAAUAACACGAUUGUUGUUGCGUUACACGUUUCGAGAAGAAUAAUGGAAUAAUUUUAAUUACUUAGAAUAUUAUUUACAGAUCCCGUAUCUUCUCUCUCAAAUCGCAUAAAAUCGCAUAAAAUUUUGCAAUCCAUUUUCUCGAAUCGUCUCGAAUGUGAUUUCAAAGUGUGAAGGCAUCACUUUCAAUCUUUUUCUUGAAAAUUGAAAGUGAUAUUAAAAUGAUACAAUGUUCGUACGCUAUUUCUAGAUUCUAGAUUCUAAGUUCGAUAAUAAGUCUUUGGAUAGUGGAAUCUCACUGGGGUAUCGAAAUGGGUCGAAUUAACGAAGAAAUAAGCUCGUUUCGCGUUUGUAAGUUCGUAAACCAUAUUGAAGGCGAUUUCCACUAUACGUAUCGUAAUUGAGAGAUACGUUUCAAUCCCAAACGAAAACAAGCCUUGGUAACGAUCACGCGAAUUAUCGUUACAAUUUUCAGUGAGUAAAAAAAACACCACAUUCCGUCUACAGUGUCAGUAUGUGCAUUUUAUAUCGAUCGUCGAAUGAAUCGUUAACCCUUAUGCGAAUUAUCAUUUAAAUGUAAGAUCUCUCUCUUUUUCUAAUAAUUUAAAAGAUUAAUCGAAAACUGUAACGUUUGAUUUAGAAUUUUAUCAGUGGAAAAUUAUGGAAAUUUUGGGUAUCGACAUAAGGGUUCAGGCGAGUUAUUUUUACAAUAUUCUUAGAGAGAGAGUAAAUAAUAAGAGAGAAUGUAAACACAAAACCAUUAAAAUAAGCUUUAAAUAAA